AUUCACGUAUCAGAAGAAGAAGAAAAAAAAGAAAAACGAAAGUACAAAAAUCAAUCAAAGAGAAGUAAGAGAAAUGGCUGGUUCUAACUGUGGAUGUGGCUCCUCCUGCAAAUGUGGUGAUUCUUGCAGUUGCGAGAAGAACUACAACAAGGAAUGUGACGAUUGUAGCUGCGGAUCAAACUGCAGCUGCGGGUCAAGCUGUAACUGUUGAAAACAUUAUCAUGGUCUAAAACCAGGGAAACUGGGAAAAUAUGUGUUGAAAUAAAGACUUGGCAUUGUGUUCCGUAUUAAGCUUGACUUGUUCCUGCUGUGUAAUGAUUUUAUUUGUAACCUAAAACAAAUAUAUGUAUUGACUUUCG